AUGCCCUACAAGCGCAGCUUCAACACAGUGGGCGUCCACUGCGGCGGCGAAGUCUGCGACGUCGUAACAGGCGGCGUCCGUGAUGUCCCCGGUAAAACAAUGUACGAGAAGAUGGUAUACUUCUCCCAAAAAGAAGAUAACCUCCGCAAUCUUCUUCUCAAUGAACCAAGAGGUUGCUCAGCAAUGUGUCACAACCUUCUCCUUCCUCCAACAAACCCGGAAGCAGACUAUGGCUUCGUCAUCAUGGAGCAUGAAGAAUAUCCGCCUAUGUCUGGCGCAAAUACAGUUGCGACGGUGACUUGUUUGUUAGAGACGGGCAUGGUGGAGAUGAAAGAGCCUGAGACGGUGGUUAAGCUUGAUGCCCCGGCUGGACUGGUUACUGCGUAUGCAAAAUGUGAGAAGGGCAAGUGCAAGAGUGUUCGGUUUCAUAACGUGCCGGCAUUUGUGUUUGCGCUGGAUAAGGAGAUCGAUGUUCCUGGGCUCGGGAAAGUGAAAGUCGACAUUGCCUAUGGAGGCAUGAUUUACGUCUUGGUCGAUGCUGCCUCGGUUGGUCUCAAGAUCAAGAGCAACGAAGGAGCCAAGCUAGUGGAAGUCGGCGAACGCAUCAAGAGAGCCACAAUGGACCAAACAGACCCCGCUCAUCCCGAGAACUCGGGAAUUCACGGUGUCACAAUCAUCGAGUUCACGGAACCUCUCUACGAGUACAAGGAUGGAAAGGCUGCGAACACCACAGUUGUUGUAUCCCCUGGACGUCUAGAUCGAAGUCCUUGCGGAACAGGAACGUGUGCUCGAUUGGCCGUUCUUCAUGCUAGAGGGGAGCUAAAAGAGGGAGAGAACUUUUACCAUCGGGGGAUUACUGGGACGGAGUUUAUUGGAAGAGUGGAGGGGACUUCUCAGAUCGGGGAGUACUCUGCUGUGUUGCCGUCUGUUGAGGGACAGGCUUGGAUAACGGCUUUCAAGCAGGUCGUGUUGGAUCAUACGGAUCCUUUCCCCGAGGGAUUUAGGGUUGGCGAUACAUGGCAUUUGGAUCCAGAGGAAUAA